GGAUGCCAUUGAGAAGUACACGGUGGAGAAGGAAAGUGCGCUUUUUUGUUCACUCCUCCGAACGGCGACGACGACGACGACGUCGAAGUCGACAACGAUAUCUAAUUAGUCAGCAGUGGCGGUGAGAUCGAUCGGCGGAACACAGCGACCGCACAAAGGGCCUCCUCUAUUGGACAAUCGCAGGAACAACCGAAACAAGUGUCAGAUUGUGUGCGUGUUUGGUGGAAAAGCGUGGAGCCGGGUCUGAAAACGUCGGGGGUGGCGCAGCAUAAGGGGGUUGUGAAGUUACUUGGCUGAGACGGUCAACAUGCGCGGUUGGCCCGUGUUGGUUACAGGCCUGCUGCUCAUCGCGGCAGUCUACGGAAAUCGUGAGCACAAGGUCCACAACAUAGUACUCUAUCCGGAUAAGCACUCGUGGUGUUCGACCAGAAACAUAAGCCAGGUGAUCAGUUACCCUGGAUGCAAACAAGUGACAAUCGAUAACAAUGUUUGCGUGGGAGCCUGCUUCAGUUACUCAAUUCCUCACACCGAACCAUCCGACCCAGGAGAAGUUAUUGGACCAUACUGCGACAGUUGUCAACCAUCGGAAACAUCAUGGCAUCAUGUGACCUUGGACUGUUCGGAAAAUUCCAGUAACAAUGGCGAUGAAGAAACGAAGCCUGCUGUCCUGGUGAAGCGUGUUCAGAUAAUCAAGAACUGUUCUUGUACGUCCUGCGAAAAGCAAACUCACAAAAAGCACCACAACAACCAUCACCAGGACUACCAAGUAACUCAGGUGCCCUCAACCACCGCAUCGUUAAUCCAAAAUGACAUUCCAGAACUUCUGGAGGUUGUUCCUUACAGCGAAAACGACACCGAACCGAUCCAUCACUCACCCAUCCACUCGCAUCAAAGCGGAAACCACGGUACGACUUACAUGCAACAGCAUCAACUCAACCACUACGAGCACAACAGUCACACCGAGAACGUUAAGAAGCUACUGCACCAAAAAAUUACCGGUCUCCUCAAAAGCAUCGAGCAAACCAACUCCAAGCAAGACCGCGACCAGUUGAUCGAAAUGAUCAAACUCAUCAAGGGCUCGAGCGAUCGCAACUGGGACGACCUGGUGGAGUCCCUCCAGUCCGAAAAUGCCAUUCUGGAUUUCGAUCGGCUCCGGGCGGAACUCGAAUCGGAACAGGAGCCGCAGAUCCACAUCAAGCCGCAGUCCGCCGAACAACAGCAGGACCACGAACGGCUGCUGAAGCACCAGUUCGACAUCCUGAAUCAUCAUCCCCACCAUCCGCACCACGGUCACCACCAGCAACAUCAUGCCGGGGACAAGCUGGACGAGCACCACCAUCUGCAACGGGGACCGCACGGCUCUUUGGUCAUCACGGCGGACGACGAGCACGAAAUCAAGGAAAAGAUCAACAUCCACUCGCACGAGCUGAAACCGAAUCAUGCCGGAGUGAUUCUCACCUACGACAACCACCACAGUGACCAUAGUGGUAAAAACCAUCACCAUGGAGCGGAUGGCGGACAGAGCGGUGGCGUGCCUCAGAAUUGAGUUGAUCGGCCACCACCAGCGGGCGAGAAUUUUACGUUUGUUUAUAAGCUUCUAGUCGUUAGUGAUUUUUCUUUAUAUUUUCUCAAAUUUAGAUUCCGGAAUGGACGGUGUUUAAUCGAAUCAGAGUUUUUAUUAUUCUACCCAAUGAAAAAAAAAAAACAUGUGUUUAUAUUUAACCUCCCCACCACAAACACUUAAAACGUACUAGGCAAAGAGUUUCUUCUUAAGUUAAUAUUUAUUUUUUUGAUUAUUUUCUGUUGGAAAGCUGGUCUCUAGACAGAAAUGGAAGUGAGCCGAGCGUAGGUAAUGUAAGAACUGUUCUUUUACCACCCCCAAGAAAUAAUGGACAUCUUGCAACGCGAAAGACACAAAAAUGGAAGUCAUUCGAUGCCUUCCGGGAGUAGCCAUGGUUAGAUUUCAAAUUUUGGAAUUAAGCACGGAGUUAUACUUGUGAUCGUCAAAAUCAAACAAAUUGUAUUGAUAGAAUAAAGAUGAGUAUGUAUCCUG